AUGUCGAGAUAUCAAGGAUGGAAGAACCUCGCAGUACUUCUGCAGUUAGCAGCACUUGCCCUUUUUCUCGAUCUACUCUCUGGCUGUCAUGGACACAAACCCCAGCUCCAUCAAAGUCUUACAGAGUUGAACAUAAACGAGGGAGAUGCUCUAGAAAUUACUUGCAAUAGCAGUGGUUUAAUUUCGUUUAAAUUCCCAGACAAAAAUGAAGACGAUAUAACAAGAUCCGACUAUUACAGUACUUAUAAUCAGGACGGAAAAAUCAUAUUUCGAAGGUCGUCAACUGUUUUUGGUGACACCGGCUGGUACAACUGCACGAAUACAAAAUAUGGGAUAUUCAGUACAGACUUUAAAGAUUCAAAUGGCCCUUGGAUGUACGUUUAUGUCAAAUCCAAUAAAAGUGCAUUUGUUCAAAGUACUGAAGAUACCUUAAAAAUCAAAGUACGUGUUGGUGAUCAGGCAAUUCUCCCAUGUCGUCCAACUUCUCCUGAACUCAAUGUGACGCUUAAAACUCUCGACGGUCAUGAGCCACAUCCGUUGGUCAGCAAAAGGAUAAGUUUCGAUCCAAAAUGGGGUUUUAUCGUCGAAAAAUCUGAAUUUACGGAUAGUGGAAACUACACUUGUCAAGUUAACCAAGAUGGUUUCAAUCAAAAAAUAGACGUUGACCUGUUGAUCAUGAAAAAAGAGCAAAAAAAACCAGUGAUUUCGAUAGAUGGCCUGAAACACAUCGUCGCAGGUUCGACAUUAAAUAUUAACUGCAAAGCUGAAAUCGAAAAGGAUAACUCUCUCAAGCUCUCGUGGGCAACUCCUCGUGAUUCGAAUUCCAGGGAAAUUUCCAAUUUUGUUGAUGAAAACCAAAGCUCUACUACUUUAGUCACGUCUAAACUUAUCCUGACCAAUGUCACUUACGAUGACGCGGGUUACUAUACAUGCAAAAUAAGUUCAUUGUUUAGUGAAGAUCAGAGUACUGAUAUUUAUAUAAAGAUACACGAUCCCACCAAUACAUACAUUAACUUGACGCAUUACAAAGCGAAACAGGACUUCAAUGUAGAAGAAGGCUCUUCAGUAACUUUCACAGCUAACAUUGAUGCAUAUCCGAUGCCAACUCUUCAAUGGCUACGUCCCAACAAUGAUGUCAUUAAAUCUGAAGGCAAUUUUAUUAUCUCCAAUACCACAUCGACGUGUAGUUUGAUAAUAAAGAAAGUUAAACGACUUGAUAGUGGUAUAUAUGCUCUUGGAGCAAGCUAUGGAGGCCAAAAUAAAUAUUUGAUCUUUCAUCUUAAAGUUCAUGCACGAUCGAAUUUACCAAGUACCUAUUUUCAUCCUGGCGAUGCACCUAUACCGUUUUAUACAAUUAACAAAAACGCAACGUUUACAUGUACAAGUACUAGUUAUCCUCAGCCUAAUAUAACGUGGACUUACAAACGAUGCCCAAAGUAUAAUUCAACUGAUGGCUGCGAGACAUCUGAGUUAAAGGCUGAAAAAGUAGAAUAUCAGUUUGGAAAUACAACGACCUCGAAAAUCACAGUUAAUAUUACUAUGUUUGGCCAAAUAAAGUGCACCGCCUGCGAUCUUCAUCGUUGUAACUCACGACAAAAGAAUAUUUUGAUCAUUGAUGUGGAGUCCAUGAAAGAUUCAUUCAAAGUUGACCAGCCGUAUAAAAAGAUAGCUGAAAGUGAUGAUGUUACUGCAACGUGUUCUGUAUUGAACUACAAGUACUCCAAUGUAAGAUGGCUAAGGAAAAAAGGUUUCCACAACAGAUUUGAACCAAUUGAUUUUACUUGGGAAAACACUACCUAUACUACUAAUGCUGUUCUCUCAUUGAAAAACGUGAAGAUAUCUGAUCAAGGGAACUACUAUUGUACAGCUUGGAAUAAUAAUUUUAAGAGAGAGUUCCGCAGAGUUGUAUCUCUCAGAGUUUAUGAGUUUAAAAUACCCAAAAUUGUUGAAACCAAUAUGAAUGACACGGAAAUGAUUUUAGUUGAAAGGAAUGAUUUGAGUGUCAUUAACUUAUUGUGCAAGGCUAAAGGGGUACCAAAACCAGAUGUUACGUGGUACAAGGAUGGUUCACCUUUAGAGUUAUCCAAGCAAUUCAGUAUGGCAGAUAAUAACGAGACAUUGACAAUACAUUAUCUAUUGCUUAGUGAUAGCGGAAAUUAUUCGUGUCUUGCUAAAAAUCGUUUCGGAGAGGCACGAAAAUCUAGACUGAAGAACCAUGAAAGCGCAAGCGUUCGUGUGCUUGAUAUAUUUUUGGUAUCAGGAUUGUCAGAAGAUGAAGUGGGCUGA